UAAGCAAAAUUUUCAAAAUCUACUAGAAAAGAAAAUGAAGAAGGUUGAGAAAUCAACAGAUUCAGUGAUUCGGCCUUAUAAAUUGUCUCAUCAAGUGCUAUGCAUAACGCAAAUAAAUUUUCAAAGACAGUCCCUCAUCGGUUUUGUCGAAUUGACAAUAAUCCCUUUAAAAAAUGACUUCAGACGCAUCAGAUUGAAUGCUAAACAGAUACGAAUUUAUAAAAUAGCUAUCAAUGACGUUCAUGAUGCUCAAUUUAAUUACAAUGAUCCAUGUUUGGACAUCUGUCAAGGCGAAACAAAACAAAAAAGCAUCGAUCAUUUUAAUUCAUGUCAUUUAGAAGUAGUGAAUUCUGUUGACUCUGACAAAGGUAAUGGAGAAAUCAGUAUCAAAAUACCUCCUGACAUGAUGCAUCUUGUGACUGAAAUGAAAUCUUUUCGAAUCAGCAUAGAAUUUGCUCUGGAGAAACCACAAGGUGGUAUCCAUUUUGUAGUACCUGACUGUGAAGGAAGCAUGGCUGAGCGAUGUGCUCAUAUGUUCACUUACAGCACUGAUAACUCUUCACGCUUAUGGUUCCCCUGCGUUGAUUCCUUUUCUGAACCUUGUACAUGGAGGAUGGAAUUUACUGUUGAUGCAUCGAUGGUUGCAGUUUCAAGUGGUGAUCUUAUAGAAACAGUGUACACUGGUGAUAUGCGAAAAAAGACUUAUCAUUACAGCUUAUCGAAUCCUACAUGUGCCCCCAAUAUAGGACUUGCUGUUGGACCUUUUGAAAUAUUCGUAGAUCCACAAAUGCAUGAAGUUACGCAUUUUUGUUUGCCUCGAUUGCUACCCCUUUUAAAACAUACCACAAGUUUUUUACAUGAAGCAUUUGAGUUUUAUGAAGAACUUCUAUCCAGCAGAUAUCCAUAUACUUGCUAUAAACAAGUAUUUGUUGAUGAGGCAUUUCAAGAUUCCAGGCCUUAUGCAACUUUAACCAUUUUGAGCACUAAUUUAUUGAGUUCUCCUCAAAUAAUUGAUCAAACUUAUAUCUCUCGUAGGAUAAUGGCCCAUGCAGUAGCUGAGCAGUUCUUUGGUUGUUUCAUCAGUAUGAACUCUUGGUCUGAUGCAUGGCUACCGAAAGGUAUAUCCAUGUACCUCUCAGGCCACUUUCUAAAAAAAGCCUUUGGCAACAACGAAUAUAGACUAUGGGUGCAUGAAGAUUUUCAUGAAGUUUUAAAGUACGAACAGAAAUAUGGAGGAUUAGUUCUGGAUUGCAGCGUAGUCCCUACCCCUGGUAGUGUUGCUGCAGCAGCUCAGGGCAAAGAUGGAUCCUUCUAUUUUCCAACCCAGCAUUUGCACACUACGUCCCCCGAGUAUAAUAAAAUUCUAUCAAAAAAGUCUCAUUUGGUUAUCAGAAUGUUAGAAGAUAGAAUUGGUAGAGAAUUACUUUUACAGGUGUUUAACAAAUUGUUAUCAUUAGCUUCUAAUGCCGCUCAGCAGAAGGUUACUAAUAAUGUAUGGUUUAAUAUGCUAUUAUCAACUAGUAGUUUCCAAAAAGCAAUUUUUACUGUUACUGGUAAAGAUAUAAAUACAUUCUUAGAUCAGUGGGUAAGACAAGGUGGUCAUCCAAAAUUUUCUGCAAAUUUCAUUUUUAAUAGGAAGAGAAAUACUGUAGAACUAGAAAUAAAACAACUAGAUAUUCAAAGUCGAGGUAUAAGACGUUACGUUGGGCCCUUAACCAUCACCAUUCAAGAAUUAGAUGGCACGUUCAAGCAUAACUUGCAAAUUGAAGAAAAUGCCACUAAACAUGAUAUUACUUGUCAUUCAAAAAGUAGGAGGAACAAAAAGAAAAAGAUUCCAUUAUGCACUGGAGAAGAGGUGGAUAUGGAUUUGAGUGCAAUGGAUGCUGAUUCUCCUGUAUUAUGGAUACGUAUUGAUCCUGACAUGUUAUUACUGAGGCAAGUUGUAAUUGAACAGCCAGAUUACCAGUGGCAGUAUCAACUACGUUAUGAAAGAGAUGUUACAGCUCAAAAGGAGGCUAUUGAUGCCCUUGAAAAAUUUCCUACACCUGCCUCUCGCUCUGCUCUUACCUACACAAUUGAAAAUGAACAUUGCUUUUUCAAGAUUCGUUGCCUUGCUUGUUUUUGUCUUCAGAAAGUAGCGAAUGCAAUGGUUGCAACAUGGGCUGGACCUCCAGCCAUGAUGACUAUCUUUAGAAAAUUCUUUGGUUCCCAUUCUUGUAUGCAUAUUAUACGACUCAAUAACUUCAAAAAUUUACAACAUUAUUUUCUUCAAAAAACAAUCCCCGUUGCUAUGGCUGGUCUCCGCACUGUUCAAUGUAUAUGCCCACCAGAAGUAUUGAAAUUUUUGCUUGAUCUGUUUAAAUAUAAUGAGAACAGUAAAAACAAAUUUUCUGACAAUUACUAUAGGGCAGCAUUAAUUGAUGCUUUAGCAGAAACUGUUACACCAGUCAUAUCUGUUUUACCCCAUACGGGGCUUACAAUAACAGCAGACUCUUUGUCAUCUGAUACAAAACUGAUUUUGGAAGAAAUUACAAGAUGCUUGAAUAUGGAAAAAUUGCUUUCAAGUUACAAAUAUACUGUAACUGUAAGUUGUCUAAAGACUAUUAGAAAAUUGCAAAAGAUGGGUCACCUUCCUAAUUAUCCAUCAUUGUUUAGAGAAUAUGCUGCAUAUGGCAUGUUUAAUGAUGUCAGAAUUGCAGCUUUAGAAGCUUUAGUUGAUUUUACUAGUGCUGAUGGAAGAGAAGAGGAUCUUAAUUUUUUGUUAGAUUUAGUUGAAAACGAUCCAGUACCUGCAAUUCAAUACCAUGUUUUGAGAAUGCUGACUGAAAAACCACCUUUUACAGGAUCCGAUCCGAACCCAUUGAAUUCAGAAGAUUUAGUCGAACGACUGUGGAAACUAAUGACUUGUGGUACAGCUUGUGAUUCACUUAUGAGAUGUGCUGUUAUGGACUUAUAUCAUACACUUUACGGAAGAAAAAGGCCAUCAGCUUUACCAGCCCCUGAAUUAGGUGUUGUUCUUAAUUUAAAAGAGAAGAAAUCUCGUCCUCCUAUCAACUCUGGCUCAAAUGAGGGUAUGCAAUUGGAAGAUUCUUUUCCUACUGAUGCUAUACUGCUGGAAACUGUAAAAAUUGAAAAAUUUGAUGUAGGUGAUAGUGUUGGUGAAAAGCGAAAGGCAACAAGUCCCUUACACUUUGGUAAUCACAACAACUUUUACUCUUCAGAUGGGAAAAUCAAGGCAGAAUUAAUAAUUGAUGAAAACCAAGAGAUAAAUAAAGUUAGAGUAAGGGAAAGCAGUGGACCGCCAAUACCAAUUCCUGGUGCAUCUGGCAUGUCAUUAUUAAGAACUACCAGUAGCAGUUUAGAUUCCACCUCCACUCCUGCUCCAGCACAGUUCUGCACAUUUGAAGCCUAUUCUGAUGAUUCACAAUCAAAGUCAUUGCCUGGAUUACAAAGUAACUUUGGUCAACAACCUACCGGCUUUGAUUCCAGUAUGUUUAAAAAACCGUCUCCCGACAUUCCUGAGAGCAAACUCCCUCCAUCAGCUUUAGAACUUUUAAGUCAAGCAGCUAGACUGCACAAGAAGAAAAAGAAGAAGAAGAAGAAGCACAAGCUUAAACAUAAGCGUCAUCACGAAAAGCCAGAGCGUUCAGAGAAAGAUCGUACAUUCAGUUCAGGUGGCAGUAGCAUUCAGUCACCUAAUACAUUCAGUGGUGGUAGUCCACAGGCAGAAAUUUUAUAAUACCUACAUUGAAAUUAAAAGCACUUUUGUUCUGAAGAGUGAAAUCAGAACAUGUUUUACAGUCAUAAGUAUUUCAUUUCAUUUCAAGCUUUUGAAACAUGGUUGUAGUUUUAGCCGACCAAAACCUAUUUUGGCCAUGCCACUGGCAAAAACCGGUGUAAAACCAGUCAAAGCUGGAUUUAACCACCAUAGAGCUGGGCAAAAAUGUAUUGUAUAAAAGCACACUAAUAUGUAUACACUUCAGUUUGCAUGCAUAAUGUUGCAUUUUUUAAUACAUAAUUAAAAUAAAUAGGAUGUCUAUUUAUCAUAAUUAAAAUAAUUUUAAAAACUGAUUUAGUGUUUUAAAUGUAACUUUUCUAAUAAACAUCAAAAUUUGUUCACAACAAAGGACAUUCGUUUAUUAAAAAUACGAAACAGCCUGCAAUAUAAACUAAUAGCUAUUCUUCAGAAAACUUGUAUCAUGUACCCCAAAGCAGAAUACUACUAAAUUUGCGACGUACGUCGCAGAACAGACGUCUGAGCUGCAGAACAAUUUUGCUCAAAUGUGAGAGUAUAACUCAAAUUUUCUGCAAAAAUUUACAGAUUUCUGUGGAGAUUUGCAGGAACUGCAGCUUUUCUGCUGAUAUCUUCCAACUCAAGAUAGACUUUUGCAAAUUCUACAGACUUCUUUAAGAAUUCUCGGAAAUUAUGAUAAUUCGGCGGAAAGCUCGCGAAAAAUGUCAGGAAUUUUAAGAACUGCAGAAUUUGAGUAAAAUUCUAUCUUGAGUUUGAAGUAUUUUGCAGAAAUUCGGCAGCUUCUGCAAAAAUUUAAUUUUCUAAAUCUAAAAAGAUUCUGAUUUUUCUAGCGUUUUUGGUUCCUCUUUUCCUUAUUUUUCCCAAUCAAUCCCUUUCUAUGCAUUUUAGAAAUCAUAUGAAAUAUUUUUGGAGAAUCUCAAUCGGUUUAGGAUCUACAAAACUACAUAGCAACAGAAGUUUUAAGAACUAAAAAAAGAAAGAAAAAAAACCUCCUGUAUAAAACGAUUUUAAUUUAGGGGUCCCAAUUUGAGGAAAAGGUCACGUUGGUUGCUUGUGUAUUGCAGGAAGUACUUGCAGAACCAUUUUGGUCAAAUGAUUUUAAGUUGCAGAACAUCGCCAAGUUUUAUGCUUUGGGGAUCAUGUAUUCAAAGAAUUAAAAAAUAAAUACUGUUCAAAAGGUAUUUUUAAAUAAUUAUAACAUAUUUCUCCUAUUAUGUGA